AUGGCAGCCCAGAUGACCAAGGCUUUCGCCGGCACCAGCCUGAAGACCGUCCCCGUCCAGGGCAAGGGCACCCGCCAGGUGACCAAGGCCGCCAUCGAGUUCUACGGCCCCAAUCGCGUCAAGUGGCUCGGGCCGUUCUCCGAUGGCGCCACGCCAUCAUACCUCACGGGUGAGUUCCCCGGCGACUACGGAUGGGACUCCGCCGGCCUGUCCGCCGAUCCCCAGACCUUCGCCGCCUACCGCGACGCCGAGGUGAUCCACGCCAGGUGGGCCAUGCUGGGCACCGUGGGCUGCCUGACCCCGGAGCUGCUGUCUAAGUACGGCGGCGUGUCGUUCGGCGAGGCGACGUGGUUCAAGGCCGGGGCACAGAUCUUCAGCGACGCCGGGAUCGACUACCUGGGCAACCCCAGCCUGAUCCACGCGCAGUCCGCCCUCGCCAUCCUGGCCUGCCAGGUUGUCCUGAUGGGCUUGGCCGAGUCCUACAGGGUGAACGGCGGCCCCCUGGGCGACGGCCUGGACCUCACCUACCCGGGCGAGGCCUUCGACCCCCUGGGCUUGGGCGACGACCCCAACACCCUCGCCGAGCUGAAGACCAAGGAGAUCAAGAACGGGCGGUUGGCCAUGUUCGCCAUGUUCGGCUUCUACGUGCAGGCAAUCUGCACCGGCAAGGGCCCCGUCGAAUGCUGGGCCUCUCACAUCGCCGACCCCUUCAACGUGAACGGAUUCAACAUCUCCACCAAGUUCACCCCCCAGUAA